GCGGCUUCGGUGCCAGGCUGCAGUGGCGCCGCCUUUGCGUGGGUUUGGCAUUUGAGGAGAAAGCCACAUUGCAGCGCCUGAAGGUCCAGAAGGUUGCUUGCAGCUGCUGGCGCGAAAGCGUGGCGAUCAGCAAGGACUUGGUGGACAGCUUUCGCAGGAAGCAUCUUUGCUUCUCCGCUGCUGUCUUCCAAGCCUGGCGGUGUGCGGGCGGUUCUAGGGAGUGCAAAGUCCAGUCAAAUCAUGAGGUCAUCCGCAUGGUCAUGGCA